GUGAAUGUAUAUGGAGGGGUUGAUGAUGGUAAUAUGAUAAUUGGUGUUACCAAGGGUAGAAGUGAGUUGAUUACCUUUGGUUGCAUUGAUGCGAAAGCACCUAAGGGAGCCACAAAGCGUAUAGAUACACAACAAUUGGCAAGCAGCAGCUAG